CCAGGAGGUUGAACAUCACCUCAGCUGCACAUCAGCCAGCACUGCGAAGUGUCUGGCCUUCCUUAGCUGGAAGAAGAGAUGAAUUGUGAGUACGGUGUGGUCAGGGUGGGUGAAGUAGAGCAGGUGGCACUGAAUUGGGCUGGGAAGGGGGUGUCAUGGGAAGUCUCGCCUUCACCCAGGAGUGUCUCCAGAGUGGAUGGUCCGACACACUCUGACCCCAGGAGACUUGAGGGACCUCCAAGUGGAACCUAUUAAAAGCAGUGUUGCGCUGGAGGACUAUUCAAUUUUGAUGAACAUAAGCUGGAUACUCCGGGCAGAUGCCAGCAUCCGCUUGUUGAAGGCCACCAAGAUCUGCGUGACGGGCAAAAGCCACUUCCAGUCCUACAGCUGCGUCAGGUGCAAUUACACUGAGGCCUUCCAGACUCAGACCAGACCCUCUGGUGGCAAAUGGACAUUUUCCUACAUUGGCUUUCCUGUAGAGCUGAACACAGUCUAUUUCAUUGGGGCCCAUAACAUUCCCAAUGCAAAUAUGAAUGAAGAUGGCCCCUCCAUGGCUGUGAACUUUACCUCACCAGGCUGCCUGGACCACAUAAUGAAAUACAAAAAAAGGUGCAUUGAAGCAGGAAGUCUGUGGGAUCCAAAUAUCACCGCUUGUAAGAAGAAUGAGACCACGGUAGAAGUGAACUUUACAACCAGUCCCUUUGGAAACAGAUAUAUGGCUUUCAUCCAAAAUACCACUGUAAUUGGGAUUUCUUAUGUGUCAGAGGAACUAACUCGAACUUCCGUGGUGGUUCAAGUGACUGGGGAAAGUGAAGGAGCUGUGGUCCAGCUGAUUCCGUAUUUCCCUACCUGUGGCAACGACUGCAUCCGGCGCAGAGGAACCGUGGGGCUUUGCCCACAAAUGGGUGUCCCCUUCCCUCAGGAUCACAGCAGAAGCGUGUUGAGUGGAUGGCUGCCUCUGCUCCUCUUGGCUCUGCUGGUGGCCACGUGGGCGCUGGUGGUUGGGAUCUAUCUGACCUGGAGGCAUGAAAAGAUCACGAAGACUUCCUUCUCUACUACCACGCUUCUGUCCCCCAUUAAGGUUCUUGUGGUUUACCCAUCUGAAAUAUGCUUCCAUCACACAGUGUGUUACUUCACUGAAUUUCUUCAAAACCACUGCAGAAGUGAAGUUAUCCUUGAAAAAUGGCAAAAAAAGAAAGUAGCCGAGAUGGGUCCCGUGCAGUGGCUUACCACUCAGAAGAAAGCCGCGGAUAAGGUCAUUUUCCUUCUUUCCAAUCAUAACACCAAGUGUGAUGGUACCUGUGGCAAAAGCGAGGGCAGCUCCUGUGAGAACUCCCAAGACCUGUUCUCCCUCGCCUUUAACCUCUUCUGCAGCGAUCUGAGAAGCCAGACUCACCUGCACAAAUACAUGGUGGUCUAUUUCAGAGAGACUGAUACCAAAGACGAUUACAGUGCGCUCAGUGUCUGCCCCACGUACCGCCUCACAAAGGAUGCUAAGGCUUUCUGCACAGAGCUUCUCCACGCCAAGCCAGGCGAGUCGGUGGGGAGAAGGCUGCAUGCCUGCCACUACAGCUGCUCCUCCCUGUAGCCCAGCCACAAAGCAGGAGAACGUAAAGCCUUUCUACCCCUCCAAUUACAGGGAAAUAAAGCAUCUGUGAUGAUUCUGAAGUUUACCGUACAGGCUACUCAUAAGGAGGAUUACAGUUGAACCUUGAACAACCCAGGGGGUAUGGGUGCCAACCCCUGUGCAGUUGAAAAAUCCAUGUAUAACUCUAUAGUCCACCAUCUGUAUCCAUGAUUCUGCAUCUGUGGAUUCAACCAACGGCAGACCUGUAGUGUGUUAAAAAAAAAAAUCUGCAUAUAAGUGUAUCUGCCCAGUUCAAAUGUCUGUUGUUCAAGGGUCAACUGUAUGAUUUAGCAAAAGGAAAUAGGGAGGAUUCACAACUGAAUACAUACACCUUAGUCUAGUAAUUAAAAUUUUUUAUGCUAAUAAAAUUGUUAUAAAUAUUACUAACUACUGUGGCAUUAAAGAAUGGAAACUAAAUUUAUAAGUAUAAAGCUAAAUCAACUUCAUACCUAAAAAUCAAGAACACUUACAAUGUAAACCUAUAACCAUUCUGAUAAUCAGUGAUAAUGCAUCUCCCAGCCAAACAUCCAGUCUUGAAUAGGCCAAGCUCUACAGAGUAGGUAGAAUUCUUUAGCUCUAUAACUUUACAAGUUUGAUUAAUCAAUGCCAAACCUAAAAGUCCUCACUAAUUCACUUAACUGCUUAGAUGAAAACCCCUCUAUUACACACACGUCUUUAUUUCAAAGAUAACAAAAAUAGAGAAUAGCAAGCUGAACCUGUUUUUGCUGACCAGAUGACCCACUCUAUGUGGAACCACUUGUAUACUUGAUAUUUGCAUAGGAACCCCCCCCACCCCAAACUAGAUUCAUGUCCUAUCUAACUCUUGUACAGGUGACUUUUAACAACAG